UUAGGUCAAAAUAUUUUUUUAAGAAAAUCAUACAAUUCAUGGAUAUGGCGUAAAUUGGUGUAUGUGAAUAGAAAUAGAAGAAAAACAGAUUGUUCUAGAAAAUAAAUGAUGGCUGCACGAGGAGACAGAGGUGUUUCAAGAGUACUUGAUAAGUUAGAAGCAUCUGUUAACUCUGGCCAUUAUUAUGAGGCACACCAAAUGUACAGAACCCUUUAUUUCAGAUACCUUAGUCAAAAGAAAUAUGAGGAUUUAUUAAAUCUACUGUACAAAGGUUCAACGUUGUUGCUACAACGUGAUCAGCAAGGGAGUGGAGCAGACUUGGCUAUAUUACUCAUAGACGUGUUGAAUAAAUCAGUAACUGAGCCAUGCCACGAAUGGAUCGAGAAAAUAGCAAAGUUAUUCGAAUUAAUGAGUUCUAGUAUACCAGAAAGGGAAUCCUACCUGACCAAUGCUGUCAAAUGGUCUAUGGACAAUAACAAAAAGGGACAUCCACUACUACACCAGAGAAUUGCUGAAGUGUACUGGAAAGAGAAGAAGUAUGCAGCUGCCCACAGACAUUUCUUGCAUUCAUGUGAUGGAACAGCAUAUGCCAGUAUGCUAGUUGAACUCCAUACAACAAAAGGAUUAAAAUCUGAAAUAGAUUUGUUCAUCGCCCAGCCUGUGUUGCAGAUUCUUUGCUUGCGUAAUAUACAAAUGGCCACAGAAACAUUUGAUAAAUACACUGGCUUACACCCUACAAUAAAUAAUAAUAAAGGGCCACCAUAUCUAUUUCCAUUAUUAAAUUUUCUGUGGUUUUUAUUACGUGCAAUUGAACAGAAACACUCAACUCAAUUCAAAAUUCUAAGAAGUUGGUAUGCAAUAAGUAUUAAAAGGGAUCCCAAUUAUUCAAUGUAUUUAGAUAACAUUGGUCGCAUUUGGUUUGGCAUAGAAAUACCACCUGACGACAAGAACCCUAAUUCAGUAUUUGGUGGACUUUUGAAAUCUAUAAUAGGUGAAGCUGACAGUUCUGAUGAUGAUGGAGACUAUGUAGGAAGAAAUGCUGCUGCUCCUGACUUAGAUUGAUUAAGUGAAAGUAAAUCAUUUAGUUAACAACACAUUGUUUUACACAUCCCUUAUCUGGCGCUAACUUUAAUAAAAAAAAAGAACAUUAAAUUAAUUGAGAUAAUAGAUUUUAUUUUAUGCUUUGAUUGUGGUUAACCUCAAUUCAUACCAAUAUGUUAAGCAAUCGUCAGUUUAUAUUAGAUUUAUUCUUGAUUGGCAUUCAGAUUUUUUAAUAUAUUUUUAUUAGGUUAUGAUAAGCAGAUGGGAGUAUAUUAAAUUCAAGAUUUUCCUUAUACUAGGUUUUUAGUGGGCAGAUUGUCAGAUAAAUUAUUGAUAAACCUAAGAAAGUUUUUGCACAUAGGUAUUUUGUCUUGUUACUCUUCUCACUCUGCAAAGAAUGGUGAAGUAGGUCUUUGUUGAUAAUAGCAGCGUGCAAUCAAUAAUUGGACAGUAAUUUUGCACAACUUCACAAGAUCACUACUGAUAUUUGUCCAUCUUUUUUUGUGAUAGGUUAUUGUUUAGACUCUAAUUAAAUUUGGCUGUACGGUGGCGAUGCAAUCAAUACAGAAUCAUUAUGAUUUAGGAAUGAUGAUGUAAGAGGUCAAUUUAUUGAACUUGCUAUGUAAAUAUACUUUGCUUCUGCUUUGUCAUUUUAAACAUUUGUUAGGAGGUAACAUUAUAGGUGGAAAGAUUACUUUGUAUAAAUUGUUUAACAUUUAAUUUAUUUAUAACAAAUUUAUAGUCAUAAAAAAUCAUUAUAGGUACAUUUUUAUUAUAAAAGAUAGGUAAUUCAGUUGACAAAUUGUAAAUAGGUUCUGGAAACUUUAAUGUUGUACAUAAAUAUUCCCUAACACCAUACCAAUGUGAACUUAACAUUUGUAAAACUGAAUUAUGUAACACAAUAAUCAUAAAUACAUGGUGAUGAUUUUA